AUGCCUGCAGCACGGGACUACAACAGAGGGAGGCUGUUCCGGACCGUCCCAUCGUGGCCUUCGUGCGUAGAGUCAGCCCUGGGGGAGGGAGAGGAGGACACAACACGACCUCCGCAAUUUUAUCUCAAUGGACACAAAACAAAUAGGUGCAAGACUUCAGGCUCCAGCAGAGGGAUGGGACCAGGGAUGGGACUGGACUAG